UGAUUGACUCUCAAUGGCACGAUGUCCUUUCACUUUUACCAGUGUCUAGUUUGAACUACUGUUCUAUAGUAUUUUGUGUGUGUUUAUGUAAUCACAAACAUCGUAUACACUUAAUGAUAUCUUAUUUUUCGACAUUUCAGAAAUAGGAAGGUAAAAUUUGGUUGGUUGUUGUCAGUGACAUCAAAACUGCAGCUGACUGUCUUAAGUGCGUAUUGAUAGUACUGUCAGCUGAACGGUAUUAUGCAGUCUUUUGUUUCAAAAUCGAAGUGGCUUUUAAAGAUUCCAGUGCUUCAUCAGUCGCAGAAAACUUUAUCCUUUGUGAUUCGUGAACAACCUUUACUAGUAUGUGCUAAACCAUCGAAACACAUAGCGUCUGCGUGGAGUCCGAAAUGUUUGCUAACAACAUCAGUGAAAGUAUGUGCGGAACCAAAGAAGAAUACUGAGAUAGAUAUAACGAGAGAGAGUCCAUUCUCUGAAUUGUCAACAAAGGAAAAAGUAAAAGAAGCUGGAAAAACAUCAUUUUGGGGAGGAGUUAUUAUCUGUGGAAUUGGAGUAACAGGGGGUUUGCUGUACAUAAUAGGGAAGGAAGUGUUUUCCAGUCAGAGUCCCAGAGGAAUUUAUAGUAAUGCUUUUGAGCUAUGCAAGCAGAAUACAGAGUUGAUGGAUGUGCUAGGAGAACCCGUGAAAUGUUAUGGUGAAGAAACUAGGAGAGGUAGACGUCGACAUACCAGCCAUGUGGAGUUUGAACAAGAUGGCAUGCAGCAUAUGAAAAUGCUGUUUUACAUUGAAGGCAAGGAAAGAAAAGGCAAAGUUCAUCUAGCAGUGCAAAGGACUCCUGGGCAAAAAUACGAGUAUAGAUAUCUAUUUGUGGAACUGUACGGUUAUCCUUCACGCACAAUUGUUAUUCAAGACAACAGAUAAGGACAGAGAAAUACUAACAUCUCAUUCAGUGGCACAAAGAUGUACAUAAUGGAGACAAUUUAAAACUCUGAUGUUGAUUUCUUGUUUGUGUCAAGCUUUGAUUUCAAGAACACAAUUAUUCUGGAUAAUAAAAUAUUGUUUUUACAGCUGA